AUGAACCAGUGCACCGCGAAACGCCAACAUGUUCACUCUAUAUCUGGUCCUCCUGUGUUUAGUCUUACUGGCCAUUUUAGUGGGUGGAUCCUGUAAGAGACCCAAAAACUUCCCACCAGGACCCCGUUUGUUGCCCCUGAUAGGAAACCUGCUCUACUACUCGCGAAGGUACAAGGCCCUAGGGUUCCACCAUCUUAUAUGGGCUGAACUGGCCGAGAAAUACGGUUCAAUCAUCGGACUGAAGUUAGGUAGAAGCUACGUGGUGACGGUGAUGGGUCCGGAGGCCGUCAAAGAGGUUUUGUCUAGGGAGGAGUUCGAUGGACGUCCCGACGGGUACUUCUUUAGGCUCAGGACCUUCGGUAAAAGACUCGGCAUUUUGUUUGCCGACGGCCAAUUCUGGAGGAAACAGCGGAAGUUCUCCCUGCAGCACCUGCGCACCUUCGGUUUCGGCUGCAAGGAAAUGGAGGAGAAGAUCCACGAGGAAUGCGUCGCUUUGGUGGAGUCUUUGAAGGCGAAAUCCAACGAGCCCAUCUUCAUGCACAGGGCCUUUGACGUGUCCGUCCUAAACGCCUUGUGGGCCAUGCUGGCAGGGGUACGUUUUGACGUCAACGACGCCCGCCUAACAGAACUCCUCCAUAUCCUCCACGACUGUUUCCGGAUAGUGGACAUAUCCGGAGGUCUGAUCAACCAAAUGCCCAUCUUGAGGUUCGUGGCUCCGGACGCCACUGGAUACAACCAGUUCCUGGACGUGCUCAAUAGGAUGUGGACCUUUUUGCAGGAAACAAUUGAGGAGCACCGAAGGACCAUCCCGCCCCACCCUAGGGACCUCAUUGACGCCUUUUUGAAGUCCAUGGAGGUCAAGGUGGACGACUCGUUUACAGAUGAUCAACUGGUGUCACUUUGCUUGGAUCUGUUUAUGGCUGGGGCGGAGACCACUAGCAACAUCUUAGGUUUCACCAGCAUGUAUAUGGUGCUAUAUCCGGAGGUGCAGAGGAAGGUCCAGAAGGAGCUCGACGCCGUGGUGGGGAGGGACCGCUGGCCCACCAUUAAAGACAAACCUAAUCUGACUUAUACGCAAGCAGUGCUCCUGGAAAUCCUCAGGAGAACCGACCUGGCGCCCAUGAGCAUCGCGCACAGGGCCACCAAAGAUACUCAACUAAUGGGAUAUGACAUCGCUGAGGACACCAUCAUCUUGACUAAUUUACACAGUGUCCACAUGAACGAGGAGGUCUAUGAAAACCCCGAGGAGUUCCUGCCAGAGAGGUUCAUCGGCGGUAACGGGAGGAUAGUGGUGAACGAGAAGACCUUCAUCCCCUUCGGGUUCGGGAAGAGGCGCUGCCUGGGGGAGGUGCUGGCCAAAACCAACAUGUUCCUCUUCUUCACCUCUUUGUUGCACAAUUUCACCCUGGAGGCGGUCAAGGGGUUUUACCCGGACGUGGUGCCCUACGACGGAGUCACUCUGUCGCCCAGACCGUUCAAGGUCAAGUUAAUUAUUAGGAACUUGACUACCACUUUCCUCCUUAACGUCCUCGUGCAGCUCCUUCCUGCUCCUGUCCAAAAACGAAUAGUCCUUGGAGUUCCUCAAUCCGCUGAUGACGCAUGCGCUCAGCGCCGACCGGUUGAGGUUCAUGGGGGCGGCAUCCACCCACUCGUCAGUUUCCACGUCGUAAUACUCCACGUAGUUGAUGGUGGUGGACCCGUUGAAGCCCCCGAUCACGUAAAUAUAAUCGUCCAGAAUCACGGUGCCGAAGUUGCUCCUGGACGUGGUCAUUUCCGACCCCUCCAUCCACUCGGCACUCGCUCCGGGAAUGAAAACUUCCAUGGUGGGAAGCCGGGUGUAGCCGUUAAAACCCCCGAUGGCAUAAAGGGCGUCGUGGUAAGCGAUCAGGCUGACUCCGGACCUCGGGGAGGCCAUUUGGGGGAUGUAGGACCACUGACAAAGCACCACGCUGACGUAGCAACGCGAGUAGUGCAUGCAGGCGCAGUCUUUCCAGAGGUGCACGGCUGGAUCGAAGCAUCUUGCGGUGUUAAAGUACUCGUUGCCAUCGAAACCGCCCACAAUGAAAAUUUUACCGUCGUAGCUGCACAUGCCGUGGUAAGCUCUUGCCACCACAUCGGUGUCCUUGGAGACCAGCCACCUGUCAGCCCGAUUAUCGUAAGUUUCCACGAAACUAGUGGGGCUGCCAGCACUCCAGCCCCCUACAGCGAACAAGAUAUCGUAAGGGAUCCUCGGCCUCAUCAAGGCUCGGAAAUAGGGACUCACUGCUGUGAGGACUAUGCGGUGGAUGUUGAACACCACGCCGUCCUCGCACCUCACCACUCCAUCGCAAAGUUGGUUGUUCUCGCGCAUCUCUUUCCAGAGGAGCGGGAGUUGCAGGGAGGAGGAGCAGCGACAGCAGCACCUCCUACCGAUCGACUGUUUCCUCCGUUUGAUCUGCUUGACGUUCCGGAAGUAGAGCGGUUUCCGUUUCGAGGACAUUGUGCGCAGUUUCAUGUGAAAUACCAUUUAAAAGGGCUUGUUGUAGAAAUUAUGUACUCGGCCGUUUUGUCUUUUCUGUUGGGGUUGGCGCUGCUGGGGUUGUUUCUCCUGAAGGAGUGUGUUAAACCGAAGAAGUUUCCCAGGGGUCCUCCAUGGAUCCCGUUCAUAGGAAACGGUCCAGAACUGCGACGACUGGCCAAACUGCACGGCGGUCAACAUUUGGCCCUAAUAAACUUAUCCAGGAAAUACCACACCCAGGUGCUGGGCCUCAAAUUAGGAAAAGAACGCGUGGCCUGUGUUUGCUCCUACGCCACUGUGCGCCACGUGCUCACUUCCGACCAAUUCCAGGGACGUCCCGAUAAUUUCUUCUUCAAACUGAGGUGUCUGGGUUCCAGGAACGGAAUAACUGGUACCGAAGGGGACCUCUGGAAGGAGCAAAGGACCUUCUUGGUGUCCCACUUGAGGGUCCUCGGGUUCGGCAAGUCUUCCAUGGAAAAAAUGGUGAAAACGGAAAUAAGGGAGAUCAUAGGCGCCCUAGAGAGGGCCAAGGGAGCCAUGGAGCUUUCCAGCAUGCUCCCCAUCUCAGUGUUGAACAUCUUAUGGUGCCUUACCAGCGGGAAGAGUUUGAAGGAUAACGAACGGAUCCAGAAGCUGCUGGGGCUCAUGGAGAAGCGCACGCAGGCCUUCGACAUGUCCGGGGGGACCCUCAACAACUAUCCCUGGAUGAGGUUCGUCGCUCCAGAGAAAACCGGUUAUAACCUCAUGGUGAACGUUAACGCGCAGAUUAAGGACUUCAUUAUGGAGGCCAUAGAGGAACACAAGAGGAGUUGGACCGCAGGGCGUGGCGACGACUUUAUUUAUUAUUUUUUAAGCGAAAUGGCCAAAGUUAGGGGACAACAGACCACGUUUACUGAACAACAGCUGGUGAUGGUGUGUCUGGAUAUUUUCAUCGCUGGAUCGACGACCACCAGUAACACCAUAGACUUCGCCUUUCUCGCGAUGAUCCUUUUUCCAGAGGUGCAACAGAGGGUGCAUCAGUGUCUGGACAGCGAGUUCAAGAAGAAGGAGGAUGUGUUUUAUUGUGAUAGACAGAGGGUACCGUACAUAGAAGCCGUCCUCCUAGAAUGCCAACGCUACUUUCCAGUGGUGCCAGUUAUAGGACCCCGGAGGGCUCUGGUCACCACCACCAUAGACGAAUACGUCAUUCCAAAGGACACAACGGUUUUACUCAACUUACAUUCGGUGCACCACGACAAGACUUUCUGGAAGGAUCCAGAGGUCUUCAGGCCGGAGCGGUUCCUGGAUAAAGAUGGCGCCUUAAAGGCACACGACAGGGUGAUGACGUUCGGUUUAGGUAAAAGGAGAUGCUUGGGAGACGCCCUGGCUAAGUCCUGUAUAUUCCUGUUUUUCGUGGAAAUUUUGAGGAAUUUCCAGAUCGAGCGGGACGCCAGCGCAGAAAGACCCUCGGGAAAACCGAUCCCGGGCAUGACCAUGACUCCCGAGAAGUACAAGGCCAGAUUCGUUCCCAAGGUUUAGAUUGCAACUGGCAUCCAGGUUUUCAGUAUUAUUAUUGUUAUUAUAUUAUUAGGGGGAAUAAAGGACGUUGAUGGGGAAAA